CCCGAGGGCUAAAGCCACGCCUUCCUCCCCCUUUCCUCCCACUUGGCCCGGUCUGGCUAAUUUAGUCCUUCUUCUUCCCGGGAUUCCAGAGAUAAGCUGCGGGAGGCGGGGAAAAGGCGGAGGGGGCGGUGCCUUGCCCCUUCUUGUUCUCUCUCAGCCUGGCCGCGUCCUCCUCCUCCUCCUCCUCCGCGGGCUGCUUCGGGAGGCUCCCUGCCUUCCUCCCCGGAGCAGUCAUGAACCGAGUGGGGAAGCGGGAGAACGACGAGACCCUCAUCGAGAUGGGUCUGUCCAAUGACGGAGAAGAAACUAAUGGACCUUUAUUUGAAAAUAUAUCAAGCACAGAUUCAGAACUUCCUGGAAACUCUGAGGGCCUAAGUACCACAGAGACUACAUUACUCAUCUCUGAACUUCAAGGGAAAAGUGGAAGGAGAUUCAAAUUGUUCCUGAAGCAACGUCUCAGGAUUGACAAACGGCAUCAAAGCAAAGACUCCAUUUUCUUCAGAGAUGGUGUCCGACGAAUAGACUUUAUACUGGCAUAUGUGGAUGAUCCAAAAAUAGAAGGAGAAAAGAAAGUGGAACGGAGACGGGAAUUUGAGAACAACCUAGCAAAGGCAGGUCUUGAGCUAGAAACUGAAGACAAGAAGGAAUCUGAAAAUGGCAAAACUUACUUUGUGAAGAUACAUGCACCAUGGGAAGUUCUGACCACAUAUGCUGAAGUGCUGAACAUCAAAAUGCCCAUCAAGGAAAAUGAUAUCCCUUGUGCUGUAGAAAACCCCUUUGACUGGGUGGCCUGGCCAUUUAGACUGCCUGAGAUUGUGAUGCAUCCAGAACCAGACUACUUUACAGCCCCAUUUAGCAAGGAAAGGCAAGAACUCUACCUCAUUGAUGAUGAAAACACAUUUUUCUCCCCAUCUAUCAGGAACAGAAUUGUUUUCUAUAUUUUGACAAGAUGUCCUUAUGGAACCGAAGAAGGGAAGAAAAAGUUUGGCAUCAAAAGGUUGCUAAAUAAUGGCACCUACUCUGCUGCUUACCCUCUUCAUGAUUGUCAGUACUGGAGGAAAGCAAACGAUCCAAAAUGUGAAAAUGAGAGGUACACAUUAUACCGGGAGUGGGCAAGGUUCCCUCGCUUUUUCAAAGAACAGCCUUUGGAUCUUAUCAGGAAAUACUACGGAGAAAGAAUUGGCAUCUAUUUUGCUUGGCUGGGUUUCUACACUGAAAUGCUGUUCUUUGCAGCUGUUGUUGGUUCAAUUUGUUUUCUGUAUGGUGCCUUUACAAUGAAUGAAAAUAUGAGUAGCCGAGAAAUUUGUGACUCCAAUAUUGGUGGAGAAAUUAUCAUGUGUCCAUUAUGUGAUAUAAAAUGUGACUACUGGAGGCUUAACUCCACAUGUGAAACUUCAGAGUACUCCCAUUUGUUUGACAAUGUGGCAACCCUCUUUUUUGCCAUUUUUAUGGGUAUCUGGGUUACCCUUUUUUUGGAGUUUUGGAAGCGACGUCAAGCUCGACUUGAAUAUGAGUGGGAUUUAGUUGAUUUUGAGGAAGAACAGCAGCAAUUACAAUUAAGGCCAGAGUAUGAAGCAAAAUGUACCCAAAAGAGAAAGAAUCCAGUGACUCAGGAGCUGGAGCCUUAUUUGCCUCUAACUAGUCAGGCUCUGCGAUUCUGCAUCUCAGGAACGACAGUGUUGUUCUGGAUCUCUUUAAUCAUAGCAAGUAUGAUUGCUGUGAUAGUUUAUCGCCUUGCUGUUUAUGCUGCUUUUGCCAGUAUCAUGGAGAACACACAAACCCUGCAACCCAUCCGAGGUUUACUGACGCCACAACUGGCCACUUCAGUCACUGCAUCAUGCCUGAAUUUUGUCAUCAUUAUGAUUCUGAAUUUCUUAUAUGAGAGGAUAGCUAUCUGGAUCACUGAUAUGGAAAUCCCAAGGACUCACCUUGAAUAUGAGAACAGACUUACUAUGAAGAUGUUCUUGUUUCAGUUUGUCAACUACUACUCUUCAUGUUUCUAUGUGGCUUUCUUCAAAGGGAAGUUUGUGGGGUACCCUGGCUCUUACACAUAUAUGUUUGAUCGGUGGAGAAAUGAAGAGUGUGAUCCUGCAGGAUGCUUGAUAGAACUAACAACACAGCUUACCAUUAUCAUGGCUGGCAAACAAAUUUGGGGUAACAUCCAAGAAGCCUUUGUACCGUGGAUAUGGAAUUGGUGGGGUAGUCGGAAAGCCAGGAGCAAUCCAGAGAAUUUGUAUGGUCGAUGGGAGCAGGACCAUGAUCUACAGAACUUUGGAGCUUUAGGUCUAUUCUAUGAGUAUUUGGAAAUGGUCAUUCAGUUUGGAUUUAUUACGCUGUUUGUAGCCUCCUUUCCCUUGGCCCCACUCCUUGCUCUGAUGAACAAUAUCUUGGAGAUUCGAGUUGAUUCUUGGAAGCUAACAACUCAAUUUAGAAGGCCGGUGGCAGCCAAAGCACACAGCAUAGGAAUUUGGCAAGAAAUUCUCAAUGGGAUGGCAAUCUUAUCUGUCGUCACAAAUGCAUUCAUUGUAGCCUUCACAUCUGAUAUGAUUCCUCGACUGGUAUACUAUUAUGCCUAUUCUACGGAAUCCGAUUCACCCAUGAGUGGCUAUAUCAAUGACAGCCUCUCUGUAUUUAGAAUAUCAGAUUUUCUUGAGAAAAACAGACCUGAAGCAAAUCCAGGCAACUUUUCCACUUGCAGGUAUAGGGACUAUCGGUAUCCACCAGACCAUGAGAAACAGUACUCACACACCAUGCAGUUCUGGCACAUUCUGGCUGCCAAAAUGGCUUUUAUCAUUAUUAUGGAGCAUGUUGUCUUCGUUGUCAAGUUCUUUGUGGCUUGGAUGAUACCUGAUGUCCCAGCUGAAGUGAAAGCCAAAAUAAAGCGGGAGAAGUACUUAACACAAAAAAUAUUACAUGAAUAUGAACUCAAUAAACUUAAGCAGAAGCUAUGUGAAGGAAGGACUGAUGCAAGCAUGGAAAAGGUGGUCCUGGCCACUGAAGGGAAGGUUGAAUUAUCAGAAGUCAUGUAGCCUUUGGAAAGGCUGAGUGCCUGGAAUUCCAGCCUCUGAAAUUUCAAUGGUUCAGGAUCUGUGAUGGGCAAGCUGCUGUCAUGAAAUCUGUUCAGUCUUUUUAAUCAGUUUCUUUCUGGACCUAAAGUUAUUCCUAAAGCAGUUGGAAAGAGACAGCAUGGUGGGAUGGAUUGAAGUUGGUCCACCAACCAUUUUCAGUUCUGUACCUUUGCUGUUGUGUAAUCUUGAAAAACAAGCUUGUGGUUGUGGAGUUGCAACGUCUCUUUUCGCUGCCUUGCCUUUCUAAGAUUAUUUAGGGUUUUUUGGAACCAAGAAUGUCUUAAAGAAUACCUCUCAGAGUAACUAUAUUUUCAAUGGUGGCUUGAAGUCAUGUUAUGCAAAUGUGAGAAGAUGCUUCCCAGUGAGGUCAGGGUGUUGCCAGAAGAAAAUAAACUAUGGUCUUGUUUUUAUAUGCAUGCAUGAGUGUAUAUGAGUGUAUAAUGCCAAGGGUCUGAAGUAUAGCCCUUCACUUGUUGCAAAAGAAUAUUUGUACCCUUUUAUCAUUCUCUUCUUUGGAUUUUAAAGGGUGCAACAGAC